AUGAACCGCAGAUACGGGGCUGGACGCCUACCCAUCUUGGCCAUCUGUCUCGGUCGUCACCACGGUCUACAGUAUUUCUACCUCAACACCGGUGAGGUCGUCCCUGAGCAGAACAUCCCCACGCUCUUCACCCUCCCCAACUUUAUCGACCCGGCAAAGUUCCAGCCCAUCGUCGAUGUCAUCCCCGAGGAUCCCGUGUCGAACCCGUGCAAUGUGCUCUUCCACCGGAAGAACCCCGAGGUGCUCGAGGCCGUCGCCCGUCUGCAGGAGCACAUAACAAAGUUCCGCAACGACUCCGUAACCUUUUACCACGCCCACCAGCAGCUGGACACGGCCAGCAACUUCCUGGCCGACUCUGUUGAACCUCGGUACAUGAGCCUGGAGGAGAUGGCCGAGAAGCUGCUGCCAGAGUACCUCAAGGUCGGGGAGAGAUUCCUCCCCCACGCCCUGUACGCGGUGCACUGCGCGCUGCAGCGCGAUGACUGGGGCUUUCGCCCUCUCAACCUCCGAUGGCACCGCCGCAACUACAUCUACGAAGUGCGGUCCGCCUCCGACAUUCGCAUCCUGCGCAAGGUGGAGAACCAAGUCCGCGAGCUGAUCGAGGGUGCUGCGCUGCGGGAGAACCCCGCGGCGUCUGUCUCCUUGAUGAGGCAAAAUAGCCUGGGCUCUUUCAUUAUGAGGGCACGUGGAGUCAUCCAGGCGAGCCGCCUACGGAGGGAGUGGACGCCGCAUGGCAUGAUUGGACCGAGCGAGGACAAGGUCGACAACCUCGCUCUCUGGAACAAGCAGGAUCUCGAGUACAUCCGUUUCAUGGAGCUCUGGGCGUGCCACCGCAUCGUCCCCAAGGCUUCUCAGCUCGAGACCCUAGGCUCUACCAUCCUGCGACUGACGGACAUGUACAACGAGUCCGAGUGGCUCGCUCACUGGACCGCCUUCACCUUUCUCCAGGAGAUCGGCUGGAUCCCGCCUUGGGAUAUCCCCGCCCGCUACGAGUACAGGUUCCCCGACACCAAGGUUUACAGGGGAGCGCCCAUGCAGAUGCCGCUCAUCGAUGUCAACGGCUCUAUGAGGCCCGACGUUGCCAGCGGGAACAGACGGGACUGGGGCGAUACGACCGUCUUCUGCGUGGACUCCGAGCAGACGACCGACGUCGACGACGGCUUCUCCAUCGAACCGACCGAGAACCCCGGUGAAUACUGGAUCCACAUCCACAUCGCCGACCCCGCGUCAAGCAUCGACCCCAAGUCCGACCUCGCUCGCCGCAUCCAACAGGCCCCUUCGAGUCUGUAUCUCCCCGGCUUCCCCAACAAGAUGCUGCCCCAGGACCUCGAGCAGCAGUUCUCCCUGGACCCGGGCCAGCCCGCCCUGACCUUCAGCGCCAAGGUCAACGAGCUGGGACAGAUUCUGGACCACAAGGUCGAACCGGGCAUUCUGAAGAACGUCGUGCACGUGCCCAAGAACGAGGUCGCCGCCAUCCUCCCCGGCCUGCAGCCGCAGCCCACCUCUGACGGAUUCGCGGUCGGAAAGCCUCCCAAGCCGUCACUCCCCGUCAAGCAAAUCACCAAGGCGGCCGACCUCCCCCAGAAAGACAAGGACGACCUCCUCCUCCUCAACCGCCUCUGCAAGGCCCUCAAGCACCGCCGCGUCGCAAACGGGCAACUCCCGCCCUUUGAAAGCCGCUUCGCCGCCCCCGAAGUCUCCCUCGAGUCCGUCGAAACCAUCGGCGACCCGGACGACCUCGACUCGUCCCUCAUGUGGUCCGGAGACCCCUUCAUCCGCUUCUCGCACCCGAAGACCAGCGAAGCAGACCGCCUCGUCGAGCGCCUCAUGCACACCGCCGGCGAAGUCGCCGCGAAAUGGUGCUCCGCGCGCAAGAUCCCCGUCCCCUACAGCACGCAACCCGAGGCGCUCCGCAACGCAGCCGAACUCGACGCCUUCCGCCGCCAGCACAUCGACCCGCUGACGGCGCAAGGGAAACCCAUCCCCGCGGAAGUCCUGCACAAGCUCUUCACGCUCGUCGGCACCUCCGAGCUCGCCGUCGACCCGGCCCACUUCUACUCCGUCGGCCUAGACGCCUACGCCAAAUCCUCCAGCCCGCUCCGCCGCUUCGGCGACCUCGUGAUCCACUGGCAGAUUCACGCCGCCCUCGCGCGCGAGCGUUCCCUAGGCCAAUCCCUCGCCGGCCAGGACUGCUCCGAAGCAGACUUCCUCCCCUUCACACGCUCCACCCUCGCCCCGGCCCUGCCGAUGCUCCAGGCCCAGCAGCGCCAGAUCAAACAGGUCGACAACAAAGACGGCCCGACGCAGUGGAUCGCCCAGGCCGUCCUCCGCGCGUGGCGUUUCGGCGAGGCUGAACUGCCCGAGAAGUUCACCUUCAUCGUCGACGGCCUGUACCCCUUCGGUCUGCGCGGUCGGCUAUCGAGCUUCUAUAACCUCUCGGCCUCCGUCGAUCUGUCGCGGCUCACGGGCCUCGCCAAGAUGUCGGAUAUUAGCGUCGAUGAUGUCUUUGAGGUCGAGAUUGCAGAUGUCAACACCGUCACCACGCAGAUUUCAGUCAAGCCUACGCGGAGACUGAGUAGAGUGCAGCGGGACGCGCCGGUCGCGAAGAAGGGCGCUGGCGGUGGUGGUGCACCUUCCGCGGGGCCCGCUUUGCUGUGA